GCCUCCCUCGUCGGCCAUCACCAAUUCCCCAACAUCCACCUCCCCGGCCGAAAGAAAAAGGCCCCGCCCCAAAGCCACAAAGCGAAAAAGCCAACUCCCUCAGCAUCGCACUUCCUCUCGACUCUGUCUUUCUUAAGACGAUGACGAUGGAUCCCCUUCCGUUCCCUUCUCUUCCCUUCUUCCUCACCGCCACCGCCACCGCCACCGCCACGACAACACCACUCUCGCUCUAUUCGAUCAUUGCAACCGCAGCGUCGGGGAGGGAGCAUGUCCAUGUCCAGCGGCGGCCCGUCGGCGCCACAGCGCCAGCCCUCCAUGGGUAGACGGAACAUGUCGCGGGCAAUCACCAUGAGGACGGAUGGAUACUCCGGCGAGGAGGAAGGACCCAUCAUAGAGAGCGAGCUCGUGCCAUCCUCCCUCGCGCCCAUCGUGCCCAUUCUCCGCGCGGCAAACGAGAUCGAGGAAGAAAACCCGCGCGUUGCAUACCUCUGCCGUUUUACUGCAUUUGAGAAGGCGCAUACCAUGGAUCCAAACUCAAGUGGCCGUGGAGUUCGGCAGUUCAAAACCUAUCUCUUGCAUAGGCUGGAAAAGGAUGAAAAAGAUACACAACGCAGACUUGCAUCAACUGAUGCAAAAGAGAUUCAGAGGUUCUAUGAACACUAUUGUAAAAAAUAUCUUGAGGAGGGUCUUCAAACGAGAAAGCCGGACGAGAUGGCUAGGUACUAUAAGAUUGCAUCUGUCCUAUAUGAUGUGCUAAAAACUGUGACACCUGACAAGCCUAACUCCGAGUAUGACCAGUAUGCUAAAGGUGUUGAAAAGGAGAAAGCUUCCUUCUCACAUUACAACAUUUUGCCCCUUAAUAUUUCCGGUCCCGCACAACCUGUAAUGGAAAUACCUGAGAUAAAAGCAGCAGUGGCCCUUCUUCGCAGGAUAAACAAUCUUCCAAAGCCAAGGCCAGAUACAACUGACGGGCCUCAAGAGAUAGAUGAUGGACCUAUUGUUCGUGACUUGCUUGAUUGGCUCUGGCAAACAUUUGGAUUUCAGAAAGGUAACGUGGAGAACCAAAAGGAGCAUUUGAUUUUGCUGGUUGCUAACAUAGAUAUGAGAAGAAGUGGCAAUAUCCACCAGGGUGAAAGACAAAAUCACGUGAUACAACGUGACACAGUGGAUCACUUGAUGAAGAAAGUUUUUCAAAACUACAUUUCAUGGUGUCGGUAUCUGCAUUUGGAGUCAAACAUCAAAAUUCCACAUGAUGCCUCCACACAACAACCAGAGCUUCUUUACAUCGGGUUGUAUUUGCUUAUUUGGGGUGAAGCUUCUAAUGUUCGCUUUAUGCCUGAAUGCCUUUGUUAUAUCUUCCACCAUAUGGCAAGGGAUUUAUAUGACAUAAUAUCUGAUAGAAGAGAAGAUUCGUUUGACCCACCCUUCCAGCGAGAGGGGAGUGAUGAUGCAUUUCUACAGUUGGUUAUCCAACCAAUCUACAAUGUUAUCCAUAAUGAAGCUACCAUGAGUAAGCGUGGUACUGUGAGCCACUCGAAGUGGAGAAACUAUGAUGACCUGAAUGAAUAUUUUUGGUCGAAGAAAUGCUUCAAACAGCUUAGAUGGCCAAUGGAUCCAGCCUCUGACUUUUUUGCGGAUCCUACGAAAACUAAAAAUGACAUUGAGCGGCACGAUCAUUCGGUGAGCAGACGGAGGACGUCCAAAACAAAUUUUGUUGAAGUUCGUACAUUUUUGCAUCUCUUCAGAAGUUUUGAUCGAAUGUGGGCCUUUUUCAUAUUAGCUUUCCAGGCCAUGGUAAUUAUUGCAUGGAGCCCUUCUGGAUCACUUUCUGCUAUAUUCGAGGCAGCUGUUUUCAGAAAUGUUAUGACAAUAUUCAUAACAGCUGCAUUUCUAAACUUCCUUCAAGCCACACUUGAGAUAGUUCUUAACUGGAAGGCUUGGAGGAGCCUGGUGUGUUCGCAGAUGAUACGGCAUGUUCUGAAAUUUGUUGUAGCUAUUGGCUGGUUGAUAAUUCUUCCAGUGACGUACUCAAGUUCCAUAAAAAAUCCCACAGGCCUAAUCAAGUUCUUCAGCAAUUGGAUUGGAAAUUUCCAAAGUCAAUCGAUAUAUAAUUUUGCAGUUGCUCUUUACAUGCUGCCGAACAUUUUCAGUGCCUUGUUUUUCAUGUUUCUACCAAUGCGAAGGGCAUUAGAGCGUUCAAAUUCUCGCAUUGUUAGAUUUCUUUUGUGGUGGACGCAGCCAAAAUUAUAUGUUGCCCGAGGCAUGUAUGAGGACACAUGUUCACUUCUUAAGUACACGACAUUCUGGAUUCUAUUGCUUAUAUGCAAGCUCGCCUUCAGUUAUUAUGUUGAGAUUUCUCCUCUAGUUGGACCUACCAGGACAAUUAUGUUUUUGGGACGGGGGAAAUACAUCUGGCACGAGUUCUUUCCAUACUUGCAGCAUAAUUUAGGUGUUGUUUUUACUAUAUGGGCACCAAUUGUCAUGGUAUACUUCAUGGAUACACAAAUAUGGUAUGCUAUUUUUUCAACAAUAUGUGGUGGAGUAAAUGGUGCCUUCAGCCGCUUGGGUGAGAUACGAACUCUUGGGAUGUUAAGAUCAAGAUUCGAGGCAAUCCCAACAGCGUUUGGUAAACAUCUUGUGCCUAGACAUGGUAGUCAACCAAAGAGACGUGAGCGUGAGAAGGAGGACAAAAAUUUGCAUAUUGAUAAGUUCUCCGACAUAUGGAAUGCAUUUAUUAUCUCUUUGCGAGAUGAAGACUUGAUAAACAAUAGGGAGAGAGAUUUACUGAUUGUUCCAUCAUCUGCGGGUGACACUAGCGUUUUUCAGUGGCCUCCUUUCCUUCUCGCUAGCAAGAUUCCAAUGGCACUUGAUAUGGCAAAGAGCGUCAAGAAAAGGGAUGAAGAACUACGGAAGAGGAUAAACCAGGAUCCAUACACCUUUUAUGCCGUAAUAGAAUGCUACGAGACUUUGUUAAAUAUUCUGUAUAGCCUUAUGGCAGAAACAAGUGAUAAGAAAGUUGUUAAUCGAAUACGUGAAAGUCUUGAAGAUAGCAUAGAACGUCAGUCACUCGUGAGAGAAUUCCGAUUGGAUGAACUUCCCCAGCUAAGUGCUAAGUUCGAUAAGCUGCUAACUCUACUAUUGAAAACUGAAGAGGAGCAUGACACAACAAUAAAAACACAGAUUGCCAAUCUAUUACAAGAUACAAUGGAAAUCAUUACACAGGAUAUCAUGAAGAAUGGACAAGGUAUUUUGAAGGAUGAAAAUAGAGACAAUCAACUGUUUGCAAAUCUGAAUCUGAACUCAAUAAAGGAUGAAGCUUGGAGGGAGAAGUGUGUUAGGCUUCAGUUGUUGCUGACAACGAAAGAAUCUGCAAUUUAUGUACCAACAAACUUGGAAGCUCGGCGCAGGAUCACUUUCUUUGCAAACUCACUAUUUAUGAAAAUGCCAAGGGCUCCACAGGUCCGAAGCAUGAUGUCCUUUAGUGUUCUAACUCCGUACUUCAAAGAGGAGGUGCUCUUUUCGACAGAAGAUCUGCAUAAAAAAAAUGAGGACGGGAUUUCCAUCCUGUUCUAUUUACGGAAAAUAUAUCCAGAUGAAUGGAAGAAUUGUCUUGAGCGCAUAAAAUUUGUACCAAAGGAUGAGGAGUCCCUUAAAUCAAGGAUGGAUGAGAUCUCACCCUGGGCAUCUUAUAGGGGACAAACGCUCACCAGAACUGUGAGAGGAAUGAUGUACUACAGGAGGGCGCUUGAGAUUCAGUGUAUUCAAGAUAAAAUUGAUAUUGCUAAAUUGGACCGCCAGAGAAGAACAACAUCAUAUCAAGAGGGUGGGAACAUUGUAGAUAUGGCACUGGCCAUUGCUGAUAUCAAAUUCACCUAUGUUGUGUCUUGUCAAGUUUAUGGCAUGCAAAAGGUGUCCAAGAAUCUCAAAGAUAAAGCUUGCUAUCUGAACAUCCUUAACCUCAUGAUAAUGUACCCAUCCUUACGGAUUGCUUAUAUUGAUGAGGUAGAAGCUCCGACCAAAAAUGGAACAACAGAAAAGACUUAUUAUUCUGUUCUUGUCAAAGGAGUGGGUGAAAAGUAUGAUGAGGAAAUUUACCGCAUCAAGCUUCCCGGCAAACCCACAGAUAUUGGAGAGGGUAAACCUGAAAAUCAAAAUCAUGCCAUAAUCUUCACCAGGGGAGAAGCACUCCAGGCCAUUGAUAUGAAUCAGGAUAAUUACCUUGAAGAGGCAUUUAAAAUGAGAAAUGUGCUGGAGGAGUUCGAGAGUGACAAAUAUGGAAAGAGCAAGCCCACUAUAUUAGGUCUUCGGGAGCAUAUUUUUACUGGAAGUGUUUCAUCACUUGCUUGGUUUAUGUCAAACCAAGAGACCAGCUUCGUUACGAUUGGACAGCGUGUUCUGGCCAAUCCUCUCAAGGUUCGUUUCCAUUAUGGUCAUCCUGAUAUUUUUGAUAGACUCUUCCAUAUUACUAGGGGUGGCAUAAGUAAAGCUUCGAAGACUAUAAAUUUAAGCGAAGAUAUCUUUUCAGGUUUUAAUUCAACAAUGAGGGAAGGAAAUAUCACACAUCAUGAGUAUAUGCAAGUUGGUAAAGGACGUGAUGUGGGGAUGAACCAAAUUUCAAGCUUUGAAGCUAAGGUUGCCAAUGGAAAUGGUGAACAAACAUUGAGUCGUGACAUCUAUCGUCUUGGACGCAGAUUUGACUUCUACAGAAUGCUGUCUUUCUACUUCACUACAGUUGGCUUUUAUUUCAGUAGUAUGGUUACUGUACUUACAGUCUAUGUAUUUUUGUAUGGGAGGUUAUAUCUCGUCAUGAGUGGUCUGGAAAAGUCUAUUGUGCUGGAUCCACGUGUUAAGGACGACAUCAAGCCUCUUGAAAAUGCACUCGCUUCACAGUCUGUCUUCCAGCUUGGGUUGCUGCUUGUCCUCCCUAUGGUCAUGGAAGUUGGCUUAGAGAAGGGAUUCCGCACAGCAGUCGGAGAGUUCAUCAUCAUGCAGCUUCAGUUGGCCUCUGUGUUCUUCACAUUCCAGCUUGGCACCAAAACACACUACUAUGGGCGAACAAUACUCCAUGGUGGCGCUAAAUACAGACCUACGGGCCGUGGAUUUGUUGUGUACCACGCGAAGUUUGCUGAUAAUUAUCGCAUGUACUCCCGAAGCCACUUUGUUAAAGGACUUGAGCUGUUAAUACUUCUGGUUGUAUAUCUGGCCUAUGGAAAAUCCUACCGCAGCACGAGCCUGUACCUAUUUGUCACCUUUUCCAUAUGGUUCCUGGUGGCAUCUUGGCUAUUUGCACCAUUUAUCUUCAAUCCGUCAUGCUUUGAGUGGCAGAAGACGGUUGAUGAUUGGACAGAUUGGAGGAAAUGGAUGGGUAACCGUGGGGGUAUCGGUAUGUCUGUGGAUCAAAGCUGGGAGGCUUGGUGGAUAGGUGAGCAGGAGCACCUCAGGAAAACCAGCAUUCGCGCUCUUGUCUUGGAAAUCCUCCUCUCUCUUCGUUUCUUGAUCUACCAGUAUGGUAUAGUGUAUCAUCUCAACAUUGCACGCCGCAGCACAAGCAUCCUGGUCUAUGGAUUAUCAUGGCUGGUUAUGCUGACGGUUCUAGUAGUUUUGAAGAUGGUUUCAAUAGGACGGCAGAAAUUUGGGACAGACUUGCAGCUUAUGUUCCGCAUCCUGAAGGGCCUUCUCUUUCUUGGCUUUAUCUCUGUGAUGUCGGUCCUAUUUGUUGUAUGCAGCCUCACAAUUUCAGAUGUCUUUGCUAGUAUUCUCGGGUUCCUACCAACUGGUUGGUGCAUUCUUCUGAUUGGGCAGGCAUGCGCUCCACUGAUUAAGAAGACUACGCUGUGGGACUCCAUCAUGGAGCUAGGGAGGGCAUACGACAACAUCAUGGGUCUCGUCCUCUUCCUUCCAAUCGGCUUCUUGUCGUGGUUUCCCUUCGUCUCAGAGUUCCAGACACGGUUGCUCUUCAACCAAGCCUUCAGCCGGGGCCUCCAGAUCUCAAGGAUCCUUGCCGGCCAGAAGGACAUUGGGGAGUUUGAGUGACCAGUGAACUCGCAUAGGCAGGAUACAUGUUGCAUGUGAAUGUGCAUGUGCGAUGAUCAAUUUUUUGGGCGUAUGUAACAUAUGUUCAGUGGUUUCCGCUGAGGAGAACGCCUUUUUAAAUGCUCCCUUCACUCAAGAGGAGAUUAGAGAGGCGGUCUUCCAAAUGGAACACAAUAAGGCACCAUGUUCGGAUGGAUGCCCUGCGGAGUUUUAUCAACACUUCUGGGAAGUCAUCAAGCCUGACGCUCUAUAAUUAUGCGGAUGCUUGCAUUCCGGACAACUAGAAUUGUCCCGCCUGAACUUUGGGGAGAUCAUUUUGUUACCUAAGAUUUGGGAGGCAGAAAGGAUACAACAAUACAAAUAUAUAUGCCUCCUUAAUGUUAGUUUCAAAAUCUUUAUGAAAAUUGCAACCAUAAGGCUAAA